UGGCGGUGCCAUUUAUAUUGACGAAUAGCUAGCGAAAUGAGUCACUUGAAAUUAUUGACACUGUUCGGUUUUAUCUUUAUGGUAAACGGAAUCUUUCUGUCCAAUCUGAACUCUACGUGCUUUCAUUGUAUCUGCGAAGCUUCUACUGGUUGCAGUAGUCGAAUGCAGUGCGAUCAAGGGUACUGUGGGCCAUUUUCUAUUUCGCGAGCCUACUGGAUCGAUGCUGGAAAGGUGGUCAAAGGAGAUGACGAUUCGACUCGCUGGGGCUCGUAUGAAGAUUGCGCCAAUCAGUACGAUUGUGCUACCAACAUAAUAACACAAUACAUGGAGAAAUAUGGUAAGGAUUGCAAUAACGAUGGCCUGGUAGAUUGUAUCGAUUAUGCUAUGCUUCAUAUCAACGGUGGACCAACUUGUCAUCUGCCAUUAAAUUUGGAUUUUAGAAAGAAAUUUCUCAGCUGCUUGCAAAAAAGUCAACGACAACGUAAAGAAAACAAAUCACGACUUUUUUCGUAACGAUGUUUUCGAAAAUAUUUCAAUAUUUACAACAAAUCAUUAAUGUAAGAGUUGCUAACCAAUCGAUAAAUUUACGAUCCUACAUUGUACAUUCACUACCAUUCGGUUAAUCAAACGAACUUAACAAUUAAAUACGAAAUAUAUGUACAUUUGGUAAAAUAACACAGAAACACUCGUCUCCAUAGCGCACGACGUUGACCAACCUUUAAGAUGAAACAAGAUAGCUUGAAGUUACGUCACUUUUUAUCAUCAAGAUCGUGGGCUGGAGUGACGGUAAACUUGUUUGAUUUCUUCAAGCUGUACUUGAAAGGCCGACCCAUAAUAGAGCUGCGGCGUGUAUUGCCCUCCCCGAAAACAGCACCCACAUGUCGCACUCCGGAAGGACCCUCGUGGGCAACGUUCUCCAGUAUCUUGGAGAGAGGUGCGGAAGUGCUGCGAAUCGAUUCCGUAAAGCGGUGAUGCCG